CAUAAUCAUUGAUGGGAAUAUCAUUAUCAUGAUUAUUUUAAACAUUGCUCUAUCUUCAUUAGUGCUAUUAUUACUACUGUUUUGAUAUCAUUAUUAGUAAUACCAGUAUCAUCCUUCCAUCAUUAUCAACUACAUUUUAUUUCGUUAUCAUUUCCAACCAUUAUGAAUUUCCAGCCAUUAGCAAUGUGAUUUUUUUUUUUUUUUUACUAUUUCUUUUUAUCCUUGUGUCUUGAUAUCAAGUGAAUAUUACCAUUAUUUUAACUGUAUUUUGUUCUUUUUACUAUUAUUCAUCACCAUAUUAGACAAACUUCUGAACAACGUUGUUAUCAUCAUCCCUUUUGCUGGAACCAUAUACUUAGUAUUUCAAAACAGCUUUCUCCUUGUUAUUAUCAAAGUCAUCUGUUUUGUACCAUCCACUGUUCAGGCAUAGCAGUGACGUCACAGCUUCCGUGCUGGUGGCGAGUAUAUAAAUGGCUUUUUCCCUUUACCGAGCAUCACUGUUCACUCAGCUCCCCUGCGACCUACACCAAUAUGUGUGCGAAACUGAUCCUCGUGGUGGGCUCCCUCGCGGCUGUGGUCUCCGCCGUGCCCCGUCCCGACACUCCUCCCGUCUACGGCCCUCCUCACCCGACCUACAAGCAGCCAGGAAUGCCGUUCGAUUUCAGCUACGCCGUCAAGGACUACUCGGGUAAUGACUACGCCCACGCCCAGACCAGCGACGGUCACGUCACCUCCGGAUCGUACAGAGUGGCUCUUCCCGACGGCCGAACCGAGAUCGUGGAAUUCAGCGCCGAUCACGACAACGGCUACGUCGCCAACGUCGCCUACGAGGGGGAGGCCUCUUACCCCGCUCCCGCCCCCUCCUACCACCCCGCUCCCUCCUACCACGCCCCCGCCCCUUCCUACCACCCUACUCCCUCCUACCCACCACCCACCACCUACCCACCUCCCCCACCACACCCAUAUCAAUAGAACCCAUCCAUCCUCAGCGUGCAGGCGGCUCUGUCGAAAAGCGACACCAUCAACGUCCGCACAAAAGUUACAAGGCAAGCCAAGGCGCUUGCCAAACACUACGCGCCUCAUUACCUCCUGAAGUCCAUAGCCAAGCUCGCUGGCCCCUUCGCUCACUCGUCCUGUUCAUGUUUUCACGGGUGAGGCAGUGGGCGUCAGUGGGUCAUUCAGUCGUUAUAUUUUACGCUCGUAAAU